GGAAAAGGAAAAGCUCCUACGGAAGACUGUGGUGGCAUCUGGGGAUAUUAUGAAUUGGUAGAAACCAUCAAUAAUACCAAGCAUCCUGAACAUAAAGAAAUGAUGGAAUGGAUGGGAUUGAAAAAGGGAUAUAUCUGGAAUUACCCUUUGGGAUUUGCUAGAACACUUUUCUUUACCAAAAGUACAUACACUAAAUCAACCAUUUUGAAAUACUACAUCAUCGCCGGAGAAGCAUCGGGAGACCUACACGGGAGUAACCUCAUACGAGCCAUCAAAAAAAAAGAUCCACAAGCCGUCUUUCGCUUUUGGGGAGGCGACCUCAUGGCAGAAGCCAGUGCAGAAAAACCCAUCAAACAUUACCGAGAACUCGCCUUCAUGGGAUUCUUA